CACAGGUUGCGGAAUCCGCGUGCUUCUGCUAAGGGGACCGCGAUGAGAAUGUGAACUGCAACCCUUAGGAAGAGAGAAUCCGGCUGCAUACCGGGAAGACGGAAGAGGGCCUAAAAGACGUAGAUAAAUGAACUUACAAGAUCUGUAUUGGGAAGAGGAAAGGCAUUAACAGUUGGAGAGACCAAGGAAGGCCUCUUUCAGAAGAGAGCUGGUAGUAACCAUCUCUGAACUGGUGAGGACAGAGACUAACCCUUUUCUCAAAAUGAGUGCCACCUCAGCAACCAAGAGUCGAGGGAUGAAGUUUGCUGAGGAACAGCUGCAGAGGCAUGGAUGGAGUCAAGGCAAGGGCCUGGGCAAGAAAGAAGAUGGCAUUGCCCAGGCCAUCAAGGUGAAGUUGAAGCAGGACAAUGCUGGGGUGGGACAUGACCCUUCCAAGGAGUUCACUAAUCACUGGUGGAGCCAACUCUUCAACAAGACAGCUGCCAGCUUGGUGGUGGAGACUGGGAAGGAUGGAGUAAAGAUGAAGACCCAGGCCAAGGAUAACAGCAAGCAGAAACGCUCUUCGGGCUCCAAGUCCAGCCUGUUGUAUGGACACUUCAUUAAGAGUGCCACUCUGACUUCAGGAGGGGAGCAAGCGGAGAAACCGAGCGAACAAAGCAGCGAAGAUGAAGCACCUCCACCAGCAAAGAUCUUGACAGAUGAAGAGUUGAUUCGAGCCUGCGAGGGACGCACUGCCCACAAGGGUGCCCGUCAUGGGCUUACCAUGAAAGCCAAGCUGGCACGACUGGAAGAGCAGGAGCGAGCCUUCCUGGCCCAGUACAAAGGCCAGAAUACAGGUGUCCCUGACACCCCAGCUGAGGACAUAACCCAGAAGAAGAAAAAGAAGAAAAAGAAAAGUCAGGAAGAAACUUCAACCACAGACAGGAGUGAGCAUAUGGAGAUCAUAGAACAGACCAAAGACAGUAGCAGGAAGAAGAAGAAGAAAAAGAGACAACGGGAAGAAGAACCAGAAGAUGAGGCUGGAGAUCAAGUAGAGAGGGGAAAAGAUGAAGAAAGCAAGGCCCAGAAAACUAAAAAGAAGAAAAAAAAGGUAUUGCUAGAGGCAUAGUGAGGCCUGCCAGUAACCGUCUGCAUUCCUUUGUUGGCGACCAGAACUGCAGAGGUCCAGGCCUCUUUGGGCCCUUGACUCAUUGCAAGGGGUGGGGGGCAGAGGAGAUAAC